AAUAAUUCUGCUCCUCCACUCUGUUUCAAGCUGUCAUCAAUGUCUUCUUCUCCCUCCUUCAUCUUCUCCUCCUCCACCGUUUAAACCCUAAUCUCCUGAAUCGCGAAAGCAAACACAGUCGAAGAGAUGAUGAUGCAUCGCGUUCUCCACCUUCUUAUCAUCUCCACUCUUGCGAUCUCGAUCCUCGCCGAGAAUGAUUCUAUAUACGAUGUCCUUAAAGCACACGCGUUACCGAUGGGGCUGUUACCGAAGGGCGUCGAAGAGUUCAACGUUGAUAUGGAGACGGGACAGUUCUCGGUUUACCUAAACCGGUCGUGCGAAGCGAAAUACGAGAGCGAGAUACAUUACGAGGCCAACAUCACGGGGACGAUAGGCUACGGAAGCAUCGGUGGUUUGUCCGGUAUAAAGGCUCACGAUCUGUUCCUGUGGUUUCCGGUUAAAGGGAUCCGCGUGGACAUACCUAGUUCUGGUGUUAUAUACUUUGAUGUCGGAGUUGUUCGCAAACAGUACUCCAUGUCUGUGUUCGAGACGCCUAAGGAUUGCGUUGCUGUUGAGAACGAGGCUGAGUUUCGUGGGGAUAAUAAGAUUCAGUCAUCUAUGUUACAAUUCUACGAAGUAGAUCAAAGUGUUGGGAGAAACAUUGUCUAAGCCAAAAGUGUUGAUGAAUGCUGUAAUGAAGAUGUGUUUAAAGUAUACAAGUUUAGAAACUUUUAGCUGCUCAUGGAUUUUUUUGAAGACACAGACACAUACAUACAACCUUCUGUUUGAGGUCAGAUACUCACUUUGUUUGAAGUGGAAAUGAGAUGUGAGCGCAAGUUUAGAUGGGAAGCACAAGUGUGGGAAGGUUUUGUUAUGGAAUGUUGAGAUUCGGUUGUUGGAGCGAUCAUAGGUGAUUGAAUGUUUUGUUUUAUCAUGUUUUGCACUUUGUCAUGUAUUUUUCUUUCUCCUUGUAGCAUAAUACAUAAUAUGUAUGUAAUGUAUAAUAUAUGUGUACCUGUGUAAUCAUAUUCUUUAUCCCCAAUAA